GACAACUGGAAAAUAUUCAUCCGUCGCAGACGUGAUACCCGAACGGGCCGAAUCACGUAAUAAUCCAUAACAAGUAGUUAGCGCCGUAAUCGUUUUUGGAAUAAAUCAAAUCGUUUUCCUGUAGGAUCCUAUUGCCGAUAAUACCGGUCACAGCCCACACGGUCCAUCGCAAUGGCUGAUAAAUUCCCACCGAAAAUCACCGCGGAUGAUCCAAACGAAGAGGAUGACGACGACGAUAUUUUUAGUUCGACAAUCGAUGAUUUGAGCGCUUUACGAGUUGAAGAUACAUAUUCGUCGCCGCCACUGGCCGACGUGACGUUGAAUGAAACCCCUACAAAAGAGGUGGCAACAGAAGUUCCCCUAAAUGAUGAUAACGACGAGGUAAAUCAUCAAGAAACAAUUAUUACUAAUGCCACUUCAAAUGGAUUUGAAGAAGAAAUUAAUUUAAAAGAAAACGAUCCACCUAUGAUUGCUGUUAGCGAAAGUAACAAUAAAGUAGAAGAGUUGCCAUCAAAAGAAUUUUUUGAUGAAAAAAAUAGCGAGAAUAUUAAUGAAAAUGGCUUUAUAAAAAUAUCAAUAUCUGAAACAACAAAAGUCGGAGAAGGCAUGAGUUCCUAUGUAGCAUACCGCGUUGUCACACAUACAAACGUGGCCAUGUUCAAAAACACUAAUAUGGCGGUGUUAAGACGAUUUAGUGAUUUUCUCGGAUUACACAAUAAACUGACUGAAAAAUAUUUAAGAAACGGACGCCUUAUACCACCGGCUCCUCAAAAAAAUGUGUUAAGUACCACUAGAAUUAAGAUAUCAGGCAAUCAAUCGGACCAAACAACGUCGACCGAGUUUAUAGAGAAGCGACGUUUGUCUUUGGAAAGAUUUUUAAAACGAAUUGCCUUACAUCCAGUUUUACGAAACGAUAAAGCAUUUUGUGAUUUCUUAGAACAAGACUGCGAGCUUCCCAAAGCCACUAACACGUCUGCUUUAAGCAGUGCGGGUGUAAUGAGACUUUUCAACAAGGUUGGAGAGACUGUUAACAAGAUCACUUAUAAAAUGGAUGAAAACGAACCCUGGUUUGAAGAAAAAGAAGUUCAAAUUGAAAACUUGGACUCACAACUUCGUAAUUUACACGGUGCUGUGGAAUCAUUGGUGAUAAAUCGUAAAGAAUUAGCACAUGCUAGUGGAUCAUUUGCUAAAUCCGCAGCAGUUUUGAGUAAUUGCGAAGAACAUACAGGACUCUCACGUGCUUUGUCACAACUAGCUGAUGUAUUUGAAAAAGUGGAGUCUGUGAGGACUGAACAAGCCAACACAGAUUUUUCUAUCUUCUGCGAGUUGCUAAAAGAUUACAUAGGUCUGAUCGGUGCUGUAAAGGAUGUCUUUCACGAAAGAGUGAAAGUUUACCAAAACAUGCAACACGCUCAAAUGAUCUUGUCGAAGAAACGGGAACAAAAAACAAAACUUGAGCUCACAGGACGUUUAGAUAAAGUCGGAACGGUCGCAAACGAAGUAACGGAGUGGGAAGCUAAAUUGUCGAGGUGCCAAGAUGAAUUUGACCAAAUAUCGAAAACUAUAAAGAUUGAAUUUGAACAGUUUGAAAUUAACCGUAUUAAAGAGUUCAAAACAGUAAUAUCGUCUUACCUUGAAGAGAUGAUUAGUCACCAGACUCAGAUAAUAAAACACUGGCAGGCUUUUAUUCCUGAAGCAAAGGCCAUAGCCUGACCCAAUUUGAAAAUUGAUUGUGAUUUGGGUUUGUCCAAGCGUGAACCCAUUCAUAUUCUACAAUUUACCGGAAACAUUUUAGAAACUUAUAAGGAGUCAUAAAUAUAUUUUUUUUAAAAGUCUUCAUUUUAUAUUAUUUAUUUAUAAUUUCAAAAUAAGUUUUCCAUUAAAACUUUGAAUUUCUUUCAGGGAUAUUUUUAUAUUAUCGUAUUAAAUUAUUAUUUAUUAUUAUUCUUUUAUACUAUUAUUAUUAUUAUAUGAUAAUUUUUAAAUUUUUCAUUUGAAAUACUUUAGUUUAUUCCUUUAAUUUCCA